CCUCUUACGACGCAGUCACACAUCCUAGUGCUGCACUAAAUAUAGGCUUAUAUGUAUAAUAUUUCCCAAUAUUGUCGGACAGAUGAGGAGAUAUUUUCAUUUUAAAUCUAAAUGAGCAAUUGUAGGGGGAGGCACACAAUGGACGGGCGAGCCAAGAGAAGCGGCUGAGGAUUUUUAAGCGCGUGUCGUUUUUGGCACUUGAGGACAACAGGCAUGACUUUGCAGCAUCCGCAGCAGUGAACCCCCUAAAAGGCAAAUAAUCCAGCAUCUUGGAUUUUUCUCCCCCACAACCUGUUUUCUGGAUUACAUUUUUCGAUCCGAUAAAAUGGCUCACCUGAUCCGCCACAAACUGACCAACAAGCUGACCAACGCGGCCCACACGGUCUCCAACAAGUCUCAGGCCAAGGUCAGCGGCGUGUUCGCCCGCCUUGGCUUCCAGGCCGCCACGGACGAGGAAGGCGUGGGAUUCGCCGAGUGCGACGACCUGGACUAUGACUACAGGCAGGGCAUGCAAAUGGACGUCCUCCAGGGGGACGAUGAGGGCGGAGAGUGCGGCCUGGAGGACGGGGACAGUCACUACCAGAGGGACGGCACCGGCCCCGGGCGCCAGUCCUUUAAGGCUGGGGAGUCCCUAGAUGAGGAAAAGCCGAAAAUCACGUCCUGGGAGGCUGGAUGGAACGUUACCAACGCUAUUCAGGGCAUGUUCGUCCUCGGCCUGCCCUACGCCAUCCUGCACGGCGGCUACCUGGGCCUCUUCCUCAUCAUCUUCGCGGCGGUGGUGUGCUGCUACACGGGCAAGAUCCUCAUCGCGUGCCUCUACGAGGAGAACGAGGACGGCAUCAAGGUGCGCGUCCGCGAUUCCUACGUGGACGUGGCCAAUGCCUGCUGCGCGCCGCGCUUCCCGGCGCUGGGCGGCCACGUGGUCAACGUGGCCCAGAUCAUCGAGCUGGUCAUGACGUGCAUCCUGUAUGUUGUGGUGAGCGGCAACUUGAUGUACAACAGCUUCCCGGGGCUGCCCGUCUCCCAGAAGGCGUGGUCGGUGGUGGCCACCGCCGCCUUGCUACCCUGCGCCUUCCUCAAGAACCUGAAGGCCGUGUCCAAGUUCAGCUUGCUUUGCACGCUGGCCCACUUUGUCAUCAACGUGCUAGUCAUCGCCUACUGCCUGUCGCGGGCUCGGGAAUGGGCGUGGGAGAAAGUCAAGUUCUACAUCGACGUCAAGAAGUUCCCCAUCUCCAUCGGCAUCAUCGUCUUCAGCUACACCUCGCAAAUCUUCCUGCCGUCCCUGGAGGGAAACAUGCAGAAGCCCAGCGAGUUCCACUGCAUGAUGGACUGGACCCACAUAGCCGCCUGCGUGCUCAAGGGUCUCUUCGCCCUGGUGGCCUACCUGACGUGGGCCGACGCCACCAAGGAGGUCAUCACCGAUAACCUGCCCAGCGCCAUCCGCGCCGUGGUCAACCUCUUCCUAGUGGCCAAGGCACUGCUCUCCUACCCGCUGCCUUUCUUCGCCGCCGUGGAAGUCCUGGAGAAGUCGCUGUUCCAAGACGGUGGUCGGGCCUUGUUCCCCGACUGCUACGGGCCGGGCGGUCGCUUAAAAUCCUGGGGGCUGGGCCUCCGAGUCGCCCUGGUGGUCUUCACCCUGCUCAUGGCUGUCUUCGUCCCCCAUUUCGCCCUCCUCAUGGGUCUGACUGGGAGCCUGACGGGCGCCGGCCUCUGCUUCCUACUGCCCAGCCUCUUCCACCUCAAGCUCCAGUGGCGGAACCUCCUGUGGCACCACGUUUUCUUCGACGUCGCCAUUUUCGUCAUCGGGGGCAUCUGUGCCAUAUCUGGCUUCAUCCACUCCAUCGAAGGCCUCAUAGAGGCCUUCAGAUACAAUAUCCAUGACUGAGAGCUUUUCGGCUUUUCUUUAACCCCCUGCCACCCCCCUCUCCGCUCCCCACUUUGUGGGUCCAGAGAACAAAGAAGCCUGCCAAGAGGAUCAUGUGUGUUGAAUCUUUUUUUUUUUUGCCUUUGUGAAAAUGUGCAAUAAUAAACUCUGCAAUCAAAUAGGGACACAACCUCCUCAAGAGGCAGCCUCCAAAGUUGUCAAGCAGUGAAACAAGGCUCGCACACAAAUGUUCGUUUCCCUCACUGAAUAACCAUAAAUUGGUGUUCAAAUGACUGCAGCUUUUUAGGGGCCUGAAAAUUACAUUUAAUGAGGUUCAGUACUUAUUAAAAAAGAUUUACUCAUGAAAAAGUAGGGGUUAAAAAAAACCAUCCCCUUGUCCACCACAAUUACAUGGUAAUAUAAUGGAAACUAUUUACAAACACAAUUUCUCCUCAUAAAAACGAAGGAAAAAAUUGCCCCACUGUCUUAUUCCACACUUAUUAAAUUAUUGAUCCUCAAGGAGGCGCUUUAAAAACUGUCAGCUGAUUACAGGAAGCCGGCGAUAGGCGUCCAAUCUACCGCAAUCUUCGGACUAUAAACCACUACUUUUUUCCUUUAUUUGGAAUCCUGCGGCUUAUAGUCCAUUGCAGAUUAUUUGUUGAUUUAUUUGAGUUAAUAGGCAACAUAUGCCUCCUAGCAUGCAUUGCAACGCUACAGAUGUAAAUAACAAUCAAAAUCCAUGUUCUGGGCUAAUUAUUUAUUCAAUUACUGUUCCAGUUGUUUCCUUAAUUCAUUGUUAUGGUAUUUAGUAACACUUUAUUUGACAGUGGCGUCAUAAGACUAUCAUGAGACGGUCAUAUUUAUGACAUGACACUAUCAUGGGCAUUACUGAAUGCUUAUGACAGAUGUCAUUAAGUGUCAUCCGGCAAAUUAUGUUACUAACUCAAUUCAUGUCCAGUUGGGAUCUUUUACAUCCAUUCAAAAGUGAGAUAAUUUGCCGGAUAACACUAAAUGACAUUUGUCAUAAGCUUUUAUUAAUGCUCAUGACAGUGUCAUGUCAUAAUUAUGAUUGUCUAUUGACAGUCUUACGGCACCACUGUCAAAUAAAGUGUUACCAAAUACCAUACUUAGCAAUUCUGAAAAAACUGGAACAGGAACUGAAUAAAUAAUCAGCACAGAACAUGAAUUUUGAUUGUUAUUUACAUCUGUAGCGCUGCAAUGCAUGCUAGCAGGCAUGUUGGACAACACGAGUGUUGACAGCAGGUGGCAGCAGAGGUCUAUGGGCUCCUCCAAGGGAGCAGUGAUGGCUAAAUGAAGCUUCUUGAAGCAAUGAAGCUUUGCAGCAAAUUGGUUCAAAGCUUCAUGAUGGUUCAUUAGGUCUUAUGACAGUUGUAUGAUGCCGCCGUCAAAUAAAGCGUUACCGGUUUUAAUAUCUUUUAGUGGAAAUAUCCCAUAAUACAGUGAGGACAGCUGCGGCUUAUAGUCCAGUGUGGCUUAUCUAUGAACAAAUGCUGUUUUCGUGUCACAUUUGGGUGGGUGGCGGUACUAAAGUACAGUAGUUCAAAUGGAUUGGGCGUCUAUCGUCACUGAUUGUACUGAAAAAUGAAACUGGCUUAACAACCUAAACAACAUAGCACAAUCAUGAGGUAUUAGCUAUCUCUAUGCAAGUGAUAAAAAAUGAAUUCUGGAGCCCAGCAGGAGUUUGCAUGAGGGCCUAAAAAGCCUUUUUUCAGUAAGUGUGUGUGUACUUUCUUGAAAACCCGUAUAUUGGUUGCUCAAAUCUAAAGCCACCUUUCCGUCAGAAGUCUUGUCCAGAUCGUUUCGGCAGGGAGUCCACGAGUUACGACCAAGUUACAUUACUACGUUGGCGACGCAAGCUGAAUUUCUGCGUAAGUCGGAUUUCACUGUUAAAUAUGUAAUUUACGUCAAAAUACUUAGUAUAAAACAGGUCAAAUACAUUAAAUUUUUUAAAAAUGCUAUACAUACCAUUAUUGCUGAGAAGUGGAUGGAGAGUUACGGUUUUCAAUGAUAUAUUUGAAACAGAAAGCACAGAACAAGACUACGAAAGCACUUGUCAACCCCUUCACCCUUCCCACUGUCACUCCAGUCAGACACUCGGUGCAUUUUAGAGACAGCCCAGAAAACACAGAACUCAACACAUCAACUUGAAACAUACACACAACCCGAUUUGAUACAUUACUGUCCUUUUUUUAGGAUACAUGAAAAGGUUGUUUGACUGUGUGAACACAAAACUGCAUUUGGCGAUGAGUAAGGCGUUUUCGCGAUAUGGUUUAACUUUGGUAUGAAUGCAGCAAGUCUUUGUCUUCGUCAAAUCUUUAUGAUGUUGAGCAUUAUUUCCAUGGUAAUUACAAGGCUAAACCUAGGACACCCAGCUUUCUUCAUUGGGGGGUAUGAUGUGAAAAAACAAGGGCAAAAGAGGGAAAUAUACUCAAACACACAGACAAGCAUUAUGCACUAACUAAGCAGAAACUAUGGUGUAGGCUACCUAUUGGUGGACGACGCAUGGGCGUCGUAAACUCGAAACAUCGUCGGUCAAGGACAUCGUAACGUGAGGACUCCCUGUAUUUGGAAUUAUCUGGAUUCUUUUUCCAUUUAUAGCUGAGAAGAAGCCACACAGUAAAUGUCUUCUUCCAACUUCAAUCAAUCAAACAUUACAAAGUGUAUAGCUCCAUCCAUUAGUACCAUUUUACUGCAGUAGAAGGUGGUACCGUACCAUACAUUCUUGAAUAACUUUGAACAACUUUCAAAAUGCUUCACUGAAUUGUGUGGUAAUGGGCAAGCACAAAACAAAUAUCUUCUGUGUAGUUGUUUGAAUAAUACUUAUCUUUUGUCAGGUCGUUUUGUGCUUUUCUUUUUCUACCUCAGUAGAAACUCCGCUUUUUGUUUUAUUUACUCGGUGUUACCAAUGUCAUUUUGGAUGGGGUGAAUUUCAACGUGCAAGCAAGUGGGUCCUUGUCGUAUCGUAUGCAAAAGUGUUUGUCGGAUGAUAUUCUCUCCCUGUUGAACCUGUCAGUUGUGAUUUAAUGGAACUAAUCAUGGUGUGUGAGAUAAAGAGUAUUUGUUGAAACAAGCGAUAAAUAAAUGGAAUAUUUUAAGGCUGGUUAAUCUGUUUCCUUUCAAGUAGUGGGUUUUAUUUGUAUUUCUAACAAGCCAUUAGAAUUUGUCUAAUAUUGAAUGGACCAGGGCCUUGAUACCAGUUAGAUUAUCA